AUGCCUCUUACACCUCCUGCUGAGCCGGACCCGGAACCAAAGAUGAACUGGGCAUCGUUUUAUGCUGUCAUCAGUGGUGUGAACAGGCACUCCACAGGCAUCGGUCGCAUCUGGCUCUCUGUCCUGUUCAUUUUCCGCAUCCUGGUCCUGGUGGUCGCAGCAGAGAGCGUGUGGGGCGACGAGAAGUCCGGCUUCACCUGCAACACCCAGCAGCCGGGCUGCAACAGCGUCUGCUAUGACCACUUCUUCCCCAUCUCCCACAUCCGUCUGUGGGCGCUUCAGCUCAUCCUUGUCUCCACUCCCGCCUUGCUGGUUGCCAUGCAUGUGGCCCACCGCCGCCACGUCGACAAGAGGCUCUACAGAUUGUCAGGGCGGACCAACCCCAAAGACCUGGAGCAGAUAAAGACACAGAAGAUGAAAAUCACAGGGGCUCUCUGGUGGACGUACGUCAUCAGCCUGUUGUUCCGUAUUGUCUUUGAGGUCACCUUUAUGUACGUGUUUUACAUGAUCUACCCUGGUUACAAGAUGAUCCGGCUGGUGAAGUGUGACUCGUACCCCUGUCCCAACACCGUGGACUGCUUCGUGUCAAGGCCCACGGAGAAGACCGUCUUCACCGUCUUCAUGCUGGCCGUGUCGGGGGUUUGUAUUCUGCUCAACAUUGCAGAGGUGGUCUUCUUGGUGGGGAAGGCCUGCAGUAAGCAUUUGCACAAUGCUGGAGACUCAACUAUGGGGGCCUGGAUCCAACAAAAACUCCGCUCAUACUAA